AUGAUUAAGCUUGCUUCAAGAUCUAUUAAUAUUUUUAUGCAGCAAUCAAAAGUUCCAUUUGCUCAUUACAAAGUGCCAGAAGCCAAAGAAGAUUCUUAUGUUACUGGAUUGAAACUGGCCAACUCGUUGAAAGGUUCUGAGUUAGUGCCAUUUAUCCCAAUAAAUGGUAGACAAGUGAACUUCUAUUAUUGUGGUCCCACUGUGUAUAGUAAUUCUCAUUUGGGUCAUGCAAGAACCUACUUAGGAAUUGAUGUAAUAAGAAGGACCUUGAGAGACUAUUUUCACUAUGAUCUGCUGAGUGUUAUGAACAUUACAGACAUAGAUGAUAAGAUUAUCACAGGAGCUAAUGCCGCAAAACAGGAUUUCCUUGAAUUUACAAAAGUAUGGGAGAAGGAUUUCUUUGAUGCCAUGGAGGCUCUGAAUAUUGAACUUCCUGAUGUAAUCACUAGAGUCAGCGAUUAUGUUCCUGAGAUUGUUACUUUCAUUUAAAAAAUCAUUUCAAAUGGGUAUGCCUAUGAAAGUAACGGCAGUGUUUAUUUUGAAGUUUAAAAAUAUAUAGCCGAUGGACACACCUACCCAAAGAUGAGACCAGAAGUGAACGCUGAAUUACUUUAGGAAGGAGAGGGUGAGUCCUAAGUAAAUAAGUAAUCAGAAAAGAAAAGUCCAUAUGACUUCGCAUUAUGGAAGGCAAGUAAACCUGAGGAACCAAAAUGGCAAAGUCCUUGGGGAGAAGGCAGACCUGGAUGGCAUAUUGAAUGUUCUGUUAUGGCUAGUGCAAUAUUGGGAAACCCAAUCGAUCUACAUGCUGGAGGUAUUGAUUUAUUGUUCCCACAUCAUGAUAAUUCUUUGGCAUAAGCUGAAGCAUGUUUUAAUUGUGAGCAAUGGAUCAACUAUUUUAUACAUCUUGGACAUUUAAAUAUAGCCGACAGAAAGAUGUCAAAAUCCCUCAAAAAUUUUAUGACCAUCGAGGAAGUUCUUAAGAGAUAUACUCCUAGACAAGUGCGUUUGAACUUCGCAAUUCAUCAAUAUGAUGCUCCUCAAAAUUAUUCAGAGGAACAAAUGGAGCAGGCUAUUGCAAAGGAUAAAUCAUAUUAGGAAUUCUUCUAAAAUACAAAGAUCUAUCUUAGAUAAUCUUAGGUAACUGAUGCUUAAAAGUGGACAGAAAAUGACUUUCAGUUAAGUGCUUUGUUUAGAUCGACUAAGCAGAUCAUUCAUUAAGCAUUAACAAACAACUUUGAUUUUCCAACAGUUGUGGAUGCCACUGACAAAUUAAUAAAUUAGGUUAAUAUUUAGAUCGCAGCUAAAAAUGUCAGAGCACCACUUAUUAGCAGUGUGGUUAAUUAUGUUAACUUUAUUUUUGGACUUUUGGGAAUUAAUUACCAAACAUUAUUUUCAAAUCAAAUAGAUAUCCAGCCAUUGAUGGAAUAGGUUUGCUCUAUAAGAGAUAAAGUGAAGGUGGCAGCUAGAAACAAUGAUUUUGAAUCUAUUACUAAUGCUGUAUCGUAAAAGUAAUUAGAAUAUGAGAAGAACAUUUCAAACCACUUGGUAGAUGCUAUCAACCAAUUUUAAUAAGAAGUAUUGGUUGCAUCUCAAAACAAAAACAAGUAAUAAAUAUUUUAGUUAUGUGAUAAACUCAGAGAUUAACAAUUAUUCAAUUUAGGAAUCAAAAUAGAAGACAAAGAUAAAGAUUAAGCUUCAGUUUGGAAAUAAUAUGAUGUUUAAGAAUUGAAAUUGGAAAGAGAAUAACAAUAGGUUCUACUUUAAUAAAAGGAACAAUAGAAGAAAAAAGAAGAAUAAGAGAAGCUGGAGAAGGCUAAACUAAGUCCAAAAGAAUUCUUUUCUUAGCAAGCAGAUAAAUAUUCAGAAUUUGAUGAAACUGGCUUACCAACUAAAGAUAAGGAUGGAAAUGAAUUAUCUAAGAAAUAGAAAAAGGUGGUUUAAGAGUUAUGGGAAAAAUAGAAUAAGUUGUACAAUUCAUAUUUAGAAUAAUAAAAACAGUAGCAAUGAAACAAUAUUAAUGCUUUAUAAAAUUAAUAUAUUAAAUUAAAA